AUGUGGGCGCUGAAAGUUUCACGUUGGAAAGAUGAAGAAAGACGGCAUCGAACGGUUGUUUUUCUACUGAAAGUGAAAGAGGAGCUGAAGGAAUGGGACGACAGUUGUUUUGGGCGAAGACGCGAGUGGAUGAGUUUGGAAGAGGGCUUGCAACGUGUGAAACGUUCACAGACAUGUAUUAUUCAGCAUAUACUUAGCAUGUGA